AGUGAUAUUAUUUCAACAAUUAUGUCGAUUUUACGAGCGGUUAAUGAUUAUGCUCUAGAACAGUUACGAGUAAGCGCUGUCAAACCGAGAGUCACACUUUGGGUCGAUGCAUUCUUAUCAGUGGAUCAUCAUAUAAACGAGGAUGACUUAUUAAGAAAUGAAAUAGAUGGACCUUUCGUACAAACUUUAAUUAUGAAUUUAGAAGGUUUACUUCAAAGUUUUAAGGGAAGUUUAACAGCAUCUAAUUAUGAUGCUUUAAUUGGUCUUCUUACUGCUGAAGUAACAGCUCGUUUAGAAAAAGUUGUAUUAAAGUCUACUUUUAACAGAGCGGGAGAUCUUAUACUUGAUAAAGAAGUAAGGUCAUUAGCAAGUUACUUAGCCGCUGUUACCUUAUGGUCUGUACGUGAUAAAUUUGCACGAUUAACGCAAAUAGCUACUAUAUUAUGCGUUGAAAAAGUAGAAGAACUAGUAAAUUAUUGUGGUGCAGAUGCAAUAGCAUGGAGAUUAAGACCUGCGGAAGUUCGACGUAUUGCUUCUACGAGGAUAGAUUUUCGUCCCGAGGAUAUAAAGAGAUUGACACCUUAAUUUUUGUUGAAUUAUAUUGGUAUAAUAAAUAAUAAGAAACAG